AUGGUCGGGGACGAUAUCGCCGGUGCAACCAUCCUAUCUACUCUAGAAGGCACAGGUUUAGAUACAUCCUGCAUCCGCAAGCUGGGUCACGAGUAUCACACGGCACGGACGGCUCAGUACGUAGCUGUCAACGACGCCGAGAAGAACCUUGUCAUGGCAAUGGCAGACAUGGCCAUCCUCACAAACCACUCAUUCCCAGCCUACUGGGCAUCCGCCGUGGAAGCCGCCAAGCCGAAGUGGCUGGUCGUCGACGGCAACUGGGCCGAGAAAGACAUCCACGCAUGGAUCCGCACAGCACGCCAGAACGGCGCCAGGGUGGCCUUCGAGCCGGUCUCCAAUGUGAAAGCCGCGCGGCUCUUCGCCAAGGGCAACGACUACCUUGGCGUCUUCCCGCACGCCGCCGUGGACAUUGCCUCGCCGAACCAGUACGAGCUGGCGGCCAUGUACGCCGCCGCCAAGGAGAACGGCUAUCUCGACAGCGCGCGAUGGUUCGAAGUCAUCGACUCCUUCGGCAUCACGGACGGCGCGCGCGAUCGCUUUGUGAAGCUCACGUCGGCCGACAUGACCAACGCCGGCAUCCCUGUGCAGACCAUUCAGCUGCUACCCUUCAUCCCCACCCUGAUCACCAAGAUCGGUGCGAACGGCGCACUGCUCACAAUGCUCCUGAAGAAAGACGACCCGCGACUGUACGACCAUGAGCAUGAGCGGUAUAUACUUACGAGAACGACGAAUGACAACCCGGAUGUGGGCGGCGUUUACAUGAGGCUCUUCCCACCGGUUGAACGGGUGAAGGAUGUGGUUUCAGUCAAUGGCGUCGGGGAUACAUUCCUGGGGACCAUGAUUGCUGGACUGGCUCAGGGCGGCAGGGUAGAGAAUCUGGUGGAUAUUGCGCAGAGGGCAGCCGUGCUAACGCUCAAGAGCCAUCAGUCGGUCAGCCCUGACCUGGGGACUCUGGAGGGCGAGUUGAUGUUGGCGGCUAGACAGUCGCAGAGCUGA